UUUGCGAAAAGUAUGCAUACACCUCGAAACGCGGGGUUUUGGUUCUGAGGCUUUUAUUGAGAUUAUGAUUGAAUGGGUAAAUAAACCUACGUAAAUCGAGUAUAUAUGCAUUAUUAGAUCAUCCUGAGGACGUAAAUUGUGAGUGUAUCUACUGACAAAUAUGUCCCAUCGUAACUACGUGCGUGAGGAGCAAUAUGUUGGACCGUAUAGGCUUGAGAAAACUUUGGGAAAGGGUCAGACAGGGCUUGUUAAAAUGGGAGUACAUUGUGUAACAGGUAAAAAGGUGGCUGUGAAGAUAGUCAAUCGAGAGAAGUUAAGCGAUAGUGUACUUCAAAAGGUUGAAAGAGAAAUUGCUAUUAUGAAAUUGAUUGAACAUCCUCAUGUACUGGGAUUAUAUGAUGUAUACGAAAAUCGACGACAUUUAUAUCUUAUCCUGGAACAUGUUUCUGGUGGAGAACUAUUCGACUAUCUUGUUCGUAAGGGUCGUUUAGCACCAAAAGAAGCUAGAAGAUUUUUCAAACAAAUUAUUUCUGCCCUAGAUUUCUGUCAUAGCCAUUGUAUUUGCCAUAGAGAUUUGAAGCCAGAGAAUCUAUUACUGGAUGAUCAACUGAAUAUACGUGUAGCUGAUUUCGGUAUGGCGUCAUUACAACCUGAAGGUUCAUUAUUAGAAACCAGUUGUGGCUCACCUCAUUAUGCUUGUCCUGAAGUAAUAAGGGGCGAAAAAUAUGAUGGACGUAUGGCAGAUGUUUGGUCUUGUGGUGUAAUUUUAUAUGCUCUCUUAGUGGGUGCACUACCAUUUGAUGAUGAUAAUUUAAGAAAUCUAUUGGAAAAAGUCAAGAAAGGCGUAUUUCAUAUACCAGCAUUUGUUUCAGCUGAUUGUCAGUCAUUAUUAAGAGCUAUGAUUGAAGUGGAUACACGUAAACGUAUUACAUUAAAAGAGGUACUUGAACACAAAUGGGUUAUUGGUGAUCAGAAUACACCGUUACCUUUGGAGUUGCCAAUGACUCAGGCUGUACAAACAGCUAUCAUUCCAACACGUGCUGAUAUUGAUCCAGAUAUAUUUUCUACAAUGACUUCUUUACAAUGCUUUCGUGAUCAAGAAAGAUUAGUGGAAGAAUUAUUAUCUCCAGUUCAUAAUACUGAAAAGGUAAUAUAUUUUCUUCUGUUGGAUCGUAAACUUCGCAAUCCAAGCUCAGAUGAUCCAGAUGAAAUUCGAUCUAGGAGCAGUACUCAAAGCCUAGGCUCUUCAAAAGCUGAUCCACCCCGUAAACGGAUAGACAGUUUAAAGCUCACAUUGAAUGGUUCAUCGCGCUUAUCUCUUGGCAAUUUAAGUGAAGGUUCUCCAUUAUCUGGUCGCCGGGGUUUAGCUGUACAAAAGUUACGGAAAAAAUCAUUUUCAAGUGGAUUAGAUAGUCAAUCGAGUACACCAGCUGUCAGUCCAUUAGGCUCACCACUUUCUCUUCAACGCGUUCACUACAGGCCAGUUGGUUGUGAAAGUUUAGAAAAUGCACAUCCUGGUCAUGUGUCUAUUUCAGUACCACAAUCCUCACGCCCACAAACAGUAUGUUCUGUAGCUUAUACAAGCUCAAAUGAUCCACGUUUAAUCGUACCACCACCAACGACAACAACACCAACAACAACGACAAUUAAUACUUCUACAGAUAAUGGUGCCAGUACUACGAAAACUUCAUCAAACCAUUUACCAACAAAUAUUACUAGUGUACCAUCUAGUUCUCCUCAUGGGAUUACUACUAACUCGUCGCUCAGUGGUCAACCAUCUCAAAUUCCAUUGCCACCACCACCACAACAACAACACCAUCCAAAUCUAAAUAUAUACUAUUUUGGGAGCAUUCCACAUAUUGGUCAUCGACCUCAGCAUUUUCUUCAUCCAUCAAUGACACCUAUUCCUGUUGCUACAACACUAGCACCACCACCGCAUUUUGUACCUCCGUUCCAUUUACUUCCUCAUCUUCACCCUCAUUCAUUUACACCUGGACCUUAUUUUAUACCACCGAUUCCACCGUUUUCAAGUGGCAAUGGCGGUGGAUCUUCUGUUAUGUCACCUCCGCCUAACGUUGCUAUGCCUACAAACAACAAUAAUAUGGGGCAGUUACCAGUGCUUAAUGAAGUUUCAUCUACUUUUGAUCAUCAUAAUCUAUCAAUGAAUCUGAAUGAAAUUUCAUCCACUUCCUCUUCAAUUCCAAUUUCUUCUUCUUCUGUCUCAGGAAUUACUACAGAUUGUAAUUCCAGUUCUAAUAUACCUAUGAAAUCAAAUCAAAUGACAGGCAAUGGAAUUAGUAGUAUAACAAAUGUAACAACAUCAAGUGUCUCAACAACAACAACAACACUAACAUCAGUAACUACACCAACAGUAUCUACCAAUAAUCUUAAUCAUUACUCAGAAGAACAAUCAACUGAUAAACAAUUGAGUAAACCUUCAGACUCUAUUGCAAACGAUGGCUCCAGCAAUUCAAAUUUAACCAGAGUCUCUCAUAAAGAAUAUGAUAAAGAUUUGCAGUCUUCCAUCUUAUCGACUGCAACAAAUCAUAUACACUUGAAUAAUUCAUCGAGUACAGCUCCAUCAUCUCCUGUCGGUGGUGUACAGUCAAUUCGAAAGAAAUACAACUCAAUAGCUCAUUCAUCACCGCCUCCAUUGCAACCACAGUCAGGACAUAAUGUUACUCAUCAAAAUUCGAAAGAUGGACAAUUUCAACAAUCUCCAGCUCAGUCACCAAUACCUAGCGAUAAAAUGAGUUCUCCGUCAAUGAACAAUGCCAAUGUACUGCGUGAGAAAACGCGUACUAAUGGUACAACAAAUUUACAAUCAGAUGUAAACGGACAAACUGUUAAAUACUCUACUCAAGAAAAUUCUCGUAUUAGAUCUGAAGUUAGAAAACCGCGUUUAGAUGGCUUGAAAACUGUGGACACUUUAACUUCUGGAAGUCCUGUAUUAACAUCUUCUUCUUCAUCUACUGCUAACAGUCCAAUUUUAUCUCAUGCAGCCUUAUCUAAUGCUCCACCAACUAGUCCUACAUCAGGAACAGCUCAUCAACCAUGGCGUGUAAAAUUAAAUAACUUGAAAAUGUCAUUUUUAGGUUCACCAAGAUUUCACAGGAAAAAAUCAUCACUUAUUCAUACAACUGAUCAGUUGAGUGAAACUCCUCCGAGUAGUCCAAAUUCUUUUUCACAAAGUCAAUGGAGAAACUCAGGACGUUCAUCUGGUUUAGAACCUUCUCCCUUAUUAACGCAUAAAUCAUGGUUCAAUGGUUUUCUGACAGCAGCCUCUGGUCAUGUGAUUACUAAAGGCAGUCAACAUGCAGCUAAUGCAGCCGCAGCUGCACAAGAUUCAGCUGCACUGGCGAUAUCAAUUCAAUCAAAAUGUAAAGAAGAAAAUGAAAAGAUUAAGGAAGAAAAUGAGCAAAGUGAAUUACAUCAUGAAAAAGAUACUAAUUCGGAUAAAUUAUCUGAACAGAUUUCAACUAGUAGUGAAUUAACAGAAAGUUGGAAGAAUUCAAGUAUAAUAUUUGAUGGAAGUAAUAAUAGUAAUAAUAGGACUAAUACUAAUACUAAUGUUACAGAGUCACAAUAUUCAACCUCUCAACCUUCAUCACCAUCAUAUUCAACAGUUUCAGAUGGUGUAGUAAAGUCGCAUCAUCACUAUCAUCAUACGCAUCAUUAUCCACAUCACAGUCAGUUACAACAUCAAUCACAUCAUAUGGGUGCUACAACUGAUACACAAUUCAUUUCUAGUCAAUUGCACUCUUCAGAUUUUACUUCAACUGUUAAACAGAUUGAAAGACGAGGAUUUAAACCAUUCACAUCUCCACUUACCAAUACUGUUACUUCUACUAAUAAUAAUAAUGAAAGUAGUAGUGGUACAUCAGGUGGUGGAGGGAAUGCACCACCAGAAGAGACGAAUCAUGUAGUUAUGGUAAAAGGUCGUGCACUGAACAGACUUAAAGCAGAACUUGUACAGGUCUUCUUAGCCACACCUGGUGUUGUUCAUACAGUAAUUUCACCAACUAGUUUUCGAGCUGAAUAUCGUCGUGCGGGUAGUGGAUCAAGUUUACUUGCUCGACCAGUUAAACUACAAGUUGAUAUGGUUCGUGCAACUGGAGGGAUUAGUACAGGUUCUGGACACCAGAACAAUAUCAAUUCAAUCUCAUCUGAACGAGAAGUUUAUGCAGUGAAUUUCCAGUUAUUAUCAGGACCAACCCGUCGGUUUAAACGUCUUUGUGAUCAACUUCAAACAGCGCUUUUGUCCGGUGCUGCAAAUCCAAGCUUUGUUGCUCACAGUACAUUAAGUUCAGUUGGAGGAACAACAUCAAUUACGAGUGUAUCUCCAACAUCUAAUAUUGUUACAACAACUGUAAGCUCACUUACUUCAUCUUCUGCAUCAUUAACCUCUACUACAAAAGGACAUAAUCAUAGCUUAGAUGAACAGCAGAAUUCAGGACAAACUACUUCUGAUUUACACUUUAACCAAAAUCAAAUUAAUCAACCUCUACAGUCCCGGUCAAGUGAAGAUGAAUCAGUUUCCUUUUCAAAGUUUACUAAUCUUGAUGAGAUUAGUUUUCAGAAAAAUAUAAAGGUAUCUCCACAAUCAAAGGAUACAUUGAAUUCAACAUCAGAUACUAUGAUUUGUCAAUAAUAUUCUCCUUUUGAUUUUCCUCUUUUCAAUAAUAAUGUGCAUACACAAUUCCAAAAAGCCUUUCAUUAUAACAUCACUCACUAAUUCUGAGUAAUAAAGUAUGUACUCAGUAAUUUUAUGACUGUCUUAUCUCUCAAUACAAAUAAAUUACACAUAGUUCUUUUUAUGAUUUCUUUUUGUUUGUUUUUAAGUAGUAGGACACUAUACACCUUAAAAUGCGCGUAAUUAAAUCACUGUGAGUGUUUGUCUGAUGAAUUUCCUCUCUUUUUGUUGUUGUUCAUUUGACCUCACGUAAUGACAGUGAUUAAAAUAACGCUCAUACAUAAUGCCUAUCAUACAUUAAUUAUCUGUAUUCCUGAUAUGUUCUUUUACUAGUUAACGUUACAGAAAAUCUCCUUCCUCUUUCUGUCAGUCAGUCAGGCAGUCAGUCAAUCUAUCUUUCUUCAUGUUGAUCCUUUUCCACUCACUCUUACGUUGAAUUUGACGACUUUCGUUUUGCGUUCAUUUCAACAUCUGUAUGUCUGUCUAUGUAUGUGUACGGUUGUAGAUAAAAUUAUCACAUUGGAUUCUUUUUGCCAUGUUAAUUACUUUUCCUCUUGUAGUUUGUCAAAAUUCAAUGAGAAGUGUACUGACGUUGAACACUAAUCAAGCAAUACAGUUAUUAUUACUAUUAUUAUAUUUUGUCUUCAUUUGUGUGUAAUCUGUCAUUAAAUUAUGUAUAUUGAAUAAUGGAAAAGGAGACAGCUCUCCUGAUUGUGUGUGUGUGUGCUUUAGUGCUGUUUUCUUUCUCAGUGUAUUAUUAUUAUUAUCAUUAAUCUGUUGGGGCUGUUAAUUCUUUGUUUACUUUGAGAUAAUUGUUGUACCAGCAAUAACCAGGUUGGAUGAUACAACAUCUAUUAUGAAUUUUUCACCUUUUUUUGUUUAAAUGAAAACCCAUAUUUGUCUUCUUUACCGUUUGAUUCAACGCCUUCAUUGACUGUGUUGAUCGUUAUUGUACACAUUUCUUCUUAUUGGCAAUAUUUAGCCUAUUUUCCUUUAUAUCUAUCACUAAAAAUUUCUUACUCUCUUGCCUAUUGAUUGAUUCAUUUCUGAACGACUGUAUUUUCUCAAACUCUUCAUGCAUUUCACAUACAUAAAUUACACACACACACACAUACACACUUACCUACUCAUUAUUAUUAUUAUUAUUAUUGUAAUCAUCAUCACUAUUGAGUUAAAAUAAUGUGUUACGUUAUCUAUCAGAGGCGCAUCUAUCUGUGAAUUUUGUUUGUGAAAAAGAAAUGGUGAUGAGCGCUGAUAUCACCUAUUGUUAUUAUUAUUAUUAUUAUGUUUGUUGGUGUUUGUACCUGAUUAAUGUGUAUUUGAUGAUGAUAAUAUUAUUAUUAUUAUUAUUGUUAUUAGGUGCAAACACUGUUGGCGUGCUAUGUAUUGUAUUUUUAGACGUAUUUUCUUCCUACUCUUACACUUUUCUUUUGUCGAUAUAUUCACUCUACUACUCUUUCUGUAUCUCAUUGUGCAAUACUACUAGUAAUAUGGUAGCUAUAUAUUACCUUUCAGAAAAAUAAUUGCAUUUUGUUUAAUGCAACUUUGCUUAUUUUGUUGUUCAGGAAGGUAGGUAUAUUUCCCCCUCCUUCUGUUCUUUCGCCUCUUGUUCACACACGUACCAGACAAUGAAGACCAGUAGACAUAUGAUAGUGAUGCUGAUGAUGACGAAAAUUAAUCUGCAUUUCUUUUCUUAUUUACAGGAAUCCUCUAUCUCUUCCUUCCUUCCUUCCUUCCCUGCUUUAUUUCUUUCUUUCUUGGCUUUUUCCAUUGUGUAAUAUUAUUUAUGCUUAUUGAAUAAUAUCUGUCUACUAGAAGAAUUCAUUUCUUGACACUUUUCUAUCAUUAUUAUCAUUUACUUGCCUUUUUUUGUUAUCAGGAUAUCUAUCUAGUUUUGUUUGUUCCAUGUUGGUUCUCUUUAUUCACAUCAAUUUUCUCCCUGUCCAUCUCCCUUUCUCUCUCUCUCCCUCCCUCUUUCUGUCUUUUGUUUACUUGGUUGCCUUGAUUUCCUGAUUGAUAACCACAGACAUACAUUAUACUGAUGACUCUAAGGGAUAUAUAUAUAUAUAAUUAUGAAAAUAAAUAUUAAAAAAUAGUUCCUUUUAUCGAUCCCCUAUGCUUUCUAUGAUCAUGUAAAUGUAAUCAAACAGCAGAAAAAUAAAAGUUAUACAAGUUAGUGUAGGAAAAGACAGCACCUACCUGAUAUUUUUAUGCAGAAAAUCUUUGAAAGGUCUCCAGUUUUUUAGUUCAGUGAAGAGUUAUUCGUUUUAGUGAUAUCAUUUCUCAAGUUUCCAGAGGAACAUAGGGCUUCAGCUGCGCACCUCCAUUGACUUCGGUUUUCUGACAACUUUUUCAACCUGCUCCAGGUCUGUCCACAUGCUUUCAUCUCCUCCUCGCAUGACCUCCUCCAAGUCACCCUUGGACGACCAACUCGCCGCCUCCCUUUCGGGUUCCACUCGAGUG